AUGCUCCUCCCCUGACGCAGGCGAGGUUACACCUCUCUGUCCUACGCCUGUCAGCGAACAGCUGGACUUCUCUGGUUACAUGUGUGCAACGAUUUAAAAAAAAAAAAUCCAGGCUGGCUUACUCAGCAGGUUAUAAAGAGUGAUUUACAAAAUGCGGCUUUCUUCCAGAUCAGCCCGUGCCUUUGUAUUUAUGUGACUGAAGGUCUCAGCUGAUCCCUUCUUUUCUUGUACAGCCAAGAGGUUUGCAGCAGCAGCAACAGCCACGGGCAGUACAAUACUUAAAAAGGUUCCUAAAAGGAUGGCGUCUCUCCUGGAGAUGAAAGAAAUCUUCCGCAAUGCUGAUGCAGUAUGCUUUGACGUGGACAGUACAGUCAUCAGGGAAGAAGGCAUUGAUGAGCUUGCGAAGUUCUGUGGAGUUGGAGAUGCUGUUGCAGAGAUGACCCGCAGAGCUAUGGGUGGCACUGUGACAUUCAAGGCAGCUUUAACAGCACGACUAGGUCUCAUACGUCCUUCUUACGAGCAAGUGCAAAAAUUAAUAUCUGACCAUCCACCUCAGCUAACACCAGGAAUAAGGGAGCUGGUGAACAGGCUUCAUCAGCGAGGGGUCCAAGUCUUCUUGAUCUCUGGGGGGUUUCAGAGCAUCGUGGAGCAUGUGGCCUUGCAGCUGAACAUUCCAACAGCAAACGUCUUUGCCAACAGGCUGAAGUUUUACUUUAAUGGAGAAUAUGCAGGAUUUGACGAGACACAACCAACAGCUGAAUCAGGAGGGAAAGGAAAAGUUAUUACUCAUUUGAAGGAACAGUUCCACUUUAAAAAUGUAGUUAUGAUUGGAGAUGGAGCUACAGACAUGGAAGCCUGUCCACCUGCUGACUGCUUCAUUGGAUUUGGAGGGAAUGUAAUCAGGAAGCAAGUAAAGGAGAAAGCUAAAUGGUACAUUACUCACUUUGAUGAACUGCUAAAGGAACUGGAAGAACGAUAAAUUAUACAGUAAAAUAAUAUAUUUAACAACUAUAAAUACAAUGCAAUUAAACAUAUAUUUGUUUGCAAA